AUGUGGCUAACGAAGAGUCCGGCCAUUCUGGUCGCGCGUGUAGAGUUCUCGUCCAAGGAUCUGCGGAGCGUGGGAAAUUACACUCUAGGACGAUUGAUUGGGAAAGGGUCCUUUGGAAAAGUCUAUCUUGCAUCGCAUAAACUCACCAAUGGCUCCAAGGUAGUGCUGAAAUCCUCCAGCAAGGAGGACACCAAUCUGGCCCGCGAGAUCCAUCAUCAUCGUCAAUUCCUCCAUCCUCAUAUCGCGCGCCUCUACGAAGUCGUCGUCACGGAGAGCCUGGUGUGGCUGGUGCUGGAAUACUGUCCCGGCGACGAACUUUACAACUACCUCCUGCGCCAUGGUCCCCUUCCUGUCGAAAAAGUGAAACGGAUAUUCACCCAGCUGGCGGGCGCGGUGGCGUAUGUUCAUAGCAAGUCAUGCGUGCAUCGGGAUCUCAAAUUGGAAAACAUUCUACUCGACAAGCAUGAGAAUGUCAAGCUUUGCGAUUUUGGCUUCACUCGCGAAUAUGAAGGCAAGGCGAGCUAUCUGCAAACUUUCUGCGGUACAAUUUGCUACAGUGCACCGGAGAUGUUGAAGGGGGAGAAAUAUGCGGGCGAAAAAGUCGACGUAUGGAGCUUGGGUAUCAUUCUCUAUGCGCUUCUGGCCGGCGAGCUACCUUACGAUGACGAUGACGACCAAGUCACCAAGAGCCGAAUUCUCACAGAGGAGCCAAAAUACAACGACAAGUUCCCAGACGACGCCAAGGCAUUGAUCAAUUUGCUUCUCUCCAAACGGCCGUUGAUUCGACCGAGUCUCGACGACAUACUGGCUCAUCCAUUCCUCGCUGAGCAUGCCCCCGAACAACUUGCUAUCCUCAAGAUUCCCCGACCCUCGCCAUUCACGACACCGCUGGAGAAGACGACUUUGCAACGAAUGAAGAGUGCCGGUGUCAAUAUCGACGAGGUUAUCGAGAAUGUUCUUGCGCAAAGAUGUGACCCCUUGGCUGGAUGGUGGGCCCUGUUGAUUGAAAAGGAGCAACGUAAAGAACAGAAACGAGAGCGCAAGCGCCGAGAGCGAGAAGUCGAAGCAAAGAAUCUCCGCCGACUGAGCGCCGCCAGCAGCCGGUUAGAAAAGCUCUCUUCGGCAUUGGUUGAAGUCGACGAAGAAGGCCAGGUAACUUCGGGCUCAUUACAGGAUCGUGGGCGGCGUGAUAGGCGAAGUCUACCCUCUCAGUUAGCGGUGCCAGAGCUGCCUGCUCUCCCCGAGCCAUUGCCCGUCCAUUCGCCUGGCACGAGCAACCCACCAGCGCCCAUCGAUAAAGACUCUGCAGCUGACAGGCGCUCAAUCACGUCGGCGUCGACUUCAGUCCGUCGCCGCCCGGUGCCUCCUCCAAAGGACAAAAGAAGAUCACGCCCAAGUAUGCUGCAUGUCAGUGCAUCACAACCAGAGCUGACCCAGCACCAUGGGAUCUUCCGCCGGCGCACUUCUCGACGCCAUCAUCCUAUCCUCAGCCAGCUCGCAUCACUCAAGCACUGGUUUGUGGAGUCUGCCAAGCGGGCCAAGUCUCCAAGUGUCAAAUCAAGUGGUUCGCGAAAAUUCCUUUCGGAAAAGUUCAGCCCUGCGAAAAGUCAGGAUUCCGGGAAGAAGACCGCGUCGCCAUCUCCUGCGGGCGAGGCUCCAGCGGAGGUCGUAACUCCCACCCAAAUGAAGCGCAUCUCCAAUGCCAGCAGCCUGGCUCCGAGCAGUGCCUCUUAUCGUCAGAACAGGCACUCCUACCCACGCCAGCCUCGGCCAUUGAACACUAGCCAUUCCAGCAAUCGCAAUUCUCUCUCGCCAUCUCCUAUCACGCCCCGUGGCUCAUAUCGACGGUCGUCAGCUGGACUGCGCGGCCGCAAAUCAACAUCGUCCUCCGUCUCAUCUAUCCGCAGCAUUCACCAUACCCGUGCGCACUCAAAAGCGUCAUCGAUAUCGUCCAAUAGCAUCGACACUGUGGCAACACCGACAGCGCGAAUUUCUAGGUCUCCCCAUUCGUCUAUCAAGGUUCUGCCUACAACGCCUGGCUCAUCUGCCCGCUUUCCAAGCAACAUUCGGUUGGUGCGUGGUCCCAGUGGACCUCAUAGGGAGCUGGGUGAACACGUCGGUCAGAUGCCAUCAGCCUUUAAUGAAGCCGCUCCUGGUCCGAUUCUCUACUCGCCGUCUUCAAGUCUAGUCUUUGCCCGCCGAAAGCGAUCUGCCUUCAAGGGACCCAUGAUUCACACGUCGAAUCUGAUGGUGUCGGGCAGCAUGAUCCAUUCGCCUCUCCCUGGUCAGGCUGCGGAUAACGACGAUGCAAUUCCCGCUGCUGCACGCCCUGCUGCCCGCAAGAGCCAGAUUAUCGAAGAGGAAGAAGACGAUGAAGGCUUUGAAGACGAGAUUGAGGAAGUCGACGAAUUCGACGGCCCGGGGGAAGACCUCGACACGGUUGCCACGGAAGGCGAAGUUACACCUCGAGUGUCUACUACUGUACAGGUUCUUGAGGCUGGAUCUCCUAUAUCGGGCCGCAAGCCAGAACUUGAGCCCGCUCCGGAGCUAGAGUCCAGUCCAGCCAGGCCUCCGCGGUCAUCCUCGCUGCGUUCUCCACAGUCUGAGACUGGAGUGGCGCUUGCAGAUGUCGUCUCGGAGUCAAUUACUCAAGAUGGCGAUCUCAAUGCUGAUCUUCCCACCGAGGCCACUAGCGAGGUGACUACGAAGCCAGUUGCUAUUGAGUAA